AUGUGCUGCAACUACUAUGGUGGCUAUGGCUCAGGCUAUGGCUGUGGAUAUGGUUCUGGCUAUGGUUGUGGCUACUACGGUGGCUACGGCUGUGGCUAUGGCUCAGGUUAUGGCUGUGGCUAUGGCUCAGGCUAUGGCUGUGGAUAUGGCUCCCUCUAUGGCUGUGGCUAUGGCUCCGGCUAUGGCUGCGGAUACAGCCCCCGCUAUGGCUGCGGAUAUGGCUCCCGCUAUGGCUGCGGAUAUGGGUCCCUCUAUGGCUGUGGGUAUGGCUCCGGCUAUGGCUGUGGGUACGGGUCUGGCUAUGGUUGCGGAUAUGGCUCCCGCUAUGGCUGUGGAUACGGAUGUGGAUAUGGCUCUGGCUGCUAUAGCUAUCGCCCAUUUAGCUACACAAAAUGCUAUUCUUCUUGCUGUUAG